GGGAGGCUGUGGGAUGGGUGUUGCUCCUCGGGGGCGUGUCGUCGCCACACCUGAGCUCUGCAUACUGCACAGAAAAUGAGGCAACAGCAGCAGCUGUCAUCUGUCAACAAGUGGUGUCCGUGUAGGUUGUUCCCACUCCGCGACUAUUUUCAUCAGUUUAUGAACCGAUCAUCAGCGGGAACAAAGUUAGGACUCGUGUAAAGACCUGCCAGUCCCGCUCUGCCUCGCUGACAUCGCGCCCAGUGGAGAUGGCGAAGAGCUCAUCCAAAAGAUCUCUGAAAAGUUUGUUCUCAAGGGUCGAUGACAAAUUGGAUGAAUCGGUGGAAAAGGAUGUGGACAAAAAUAAGGGCGAGAAGAAGAGGUUUUCGUUCUUAAAGUUCAAGACAAAGCCGAAGAAUGACACUGUCCCCGUGAAGCCGGAGUUGCUCAGUGUACCCCUCAGUGCUGCUGAGCCCAGUAACACUGCCGAGGAUGGAGAGGCCUGUGCUGACAACAUCGCUCCGGACGACAAGAGGUUUUCUCUCUAUGGCACCGCACCAAGGUCAAAGGGCAAAGAAUUCAGCUUCUCAGAGUUGGACCUCCGUAAGCCAAAAAGGUUUACUACCUUCUCCUUUGGGCGUACAAAGAAGAAGAAGAAUGAUAAAGUCUCUAAGAGCGCUUUUGGCCUUCAUAGACCUGACAUUGAAAAACAAGAGGAGACUCCUACGGACCUCAGUCAGAUGGAGUUGGAUGAGGCUAACACGAAGACAAUGUUCAGCAUGUCUCAACCAGAGCUCGAUACUAGCAAUACAUUCGACAUCUCUUCUCCUCCCCCUGUGGCCACAAACCAGUCAAAAUCAUCAUAUUUCACUCUCCCUAACAAAUCGCAGUCAUCUGUUGACUUAAACACCGAACUAAAUGAGAUGGAACCUCUGUCAAAUGGUUCCAAUGUUCUUGAUGCAUAUCAGGAACCGCAGAAAGCACCGAUUGCUACCAUCCCUGAGCUGCAGCUGGAUAAUCCAGACUCAUCAGAGGAGAAAGAGAACAUUCCCGUGCAUGAUAACACCAAUCCACCUGCCUCCACGUCUCGUACAGAAACCACCUCUGAUGCCAAUAACCAGACUGUGCCUAGCCUUCCAGCUAACCAGCCUCCAAACUUGCUUGACACCUCAGAUAAAAAAGCAGCAGUUGUUGACUCUGUCUCCUUUAGCAACGGCCCGUGUGAUAAUAACAUCCUCCAGCAGUCUCGCACGAAAACUGAAAUCUCUCUUACUGAAUCCACCAGAGUUACAUUAUCACAUCAUCAACCCGAUGCCCCUGAUGUAGAUGACAGUACAACUCAAAAUGGCAAACUCUCCCUGGCAAGCGUUGACUCCGAAAGUGCCGCCGCAAUCGCAGAGUCAACCCCUGUUCCUCAGGCUGACGAACCAGCUCAACUCAACUCAAACUCCGCUUCUGUCCAUCAAGAAGUCUCAAUUUCUCGCACUGAGAGAUCAAUUCCCGAAAGUGCCACGAGUGUCAAGACAACCUUGGCUGUUAAUGGGAAGAAGGGUGCUCGUUCUGUCAGUUCAGAUGCAGUUUAUGGAGAGUUGUAUGAGUCACUUUUCCCGCAGAGUUUUACCUCAGAGGUAUUGUCAUCCCUCUCAAACCCGUCGCCUCAAAUCCAUACCGAGAUUAGACAUCCUAACACAAGAUCAGAACCCGUCAUGGUUAAAACCUUUAAUGAAUGUCACACAGAAACUAAUGUUUACUCUCGCCUGUCAGCUUCACAUGAGUUUGACUCUACUCCUUGCAGAAUGGAUGAUGCUGUAGGGGAUUAUACGAACCUAAAAGCCACCUUUAGCGAGAGAAAGGUGAUUUCUUCUCACGAGAGCUCCAGAUUUACUUCUUACCAAACUGCUGUUGAGCCUCAAAGAGACCCAUAUAUCUACCACAGAUAUCUACCUUCCUCUCUCAAUUCAGGUUUUGAACCAGUUGACAGUGAUAAAACUCCUCACUCAGACCUGGGCCGCUCCCUUUCAGAGGUGAAAUCAGACAGUUUUAGCCUCAUUCAAGACAGGUCAGCCCCUGUGGUUCAAAGCUCCUCCCCUCCUGUUUCAGACUAUGCAACAUCCCAAGGGGCAGACACUCAGGUUACGGACUCCAAACGGAGAGUAAUUGUAGUCAAAGAGUUAGUCAUGGACGAAGCGAGUGCCGAUCCUGUCUGUCCUUCUCCCAUACCUGAAAAAAUGAGUGCAGCAAAGCAUCUUGAGAUAAGAUUUGAAAAAAGAGAGACUUUUUCUGCUCCUUCCGGACAAAGGGACGGGUCUGAUGGGCCUUUAAGUCCAGAAUAUCUGAGCUUAGGAUCAGAUGAUGGCAGUGUCAUGGAGAUCUACUACAGUGCUGAAGAGGACAACACAGAGGAGAACGGGGAUGAACCGAUGUACACGGUGGAUAAAAGGGAAGAACUUUCCAUGGUAGACGGGGUGAAAGAGGCCGGGCUGCGUGAGUUUCCACAGCAGGGGGAGGUUGCAGAAAGAGGGAUAAGAGAUGAGGGAAAAUUUCGGGUGGUAAUUGUUAAGAUGCGGAAUGAAGGAGGCAAAAUGGCCAAUGAAGAAGAGAAAAAGGGUGUCAAUAGCCGAAUCGAAGUGGAGCAACAAGUAGGAGGUCAGAGGUCAGAGGCUCAAGUGCAGGAGAUUGAAACGUCUCAGUUUCUCGUAGGCAAUGAUGCAAAGAGUCACGAGAAAGAAGUAGAGACCACAGUGUUGCCACAGGUGAAAGAAGAGGGGGAGGAAGAGAGAAAGGAGGAGAUACCGGCCACACCGGUUCAGCAGGUGAACACGCUGAUGGUAUGCAACUUUGCUCAACCCUCCAGUGAGCUGCUUGGGAAGGGGGAGGAGUCAGAAGGGAACUGGACCAAGGAUUUGGAAACAGAAGACCCCCUUAAUGGAGGGAAGCGACUCCCAAGUCAGGGGAUACAAUAUCUGUCUCACAAAGACAUCAUGAUUUCUGAAUACAUGCAUGCUGCUUCCAGUAACCCAAGAGAGGAAGACAUAAUCACACCCAGAUUUAGAGAGACAGAUGAGCAAGUUUCACUGACUGCAGAGGCAGCCAAAAUAGGUGAAGUGAACAAAUACAGCACAGAAACCUGCAGUAACACUACAGCUAGUGCAGUCACAGAUACGUCUGCUGGAGUAGAGGUUGUCACAGGCACUUUGACGCACAGCGCUGAGCUGCAAUCAGAUACCACAGAGAUUGAACACAAUAGGGCUCCACAGCGUAGUGAGUGGGUGGAUACAAUUACUCCGAUCACAGACAGAACCAAGACGGUGCAAGAACAGUUGACAGUCGAGCUGUCAGCCCCGAACGCAGACACACACCGUCCUGAUCCCGAAGAGACACGAUCAGAGAGACACGGGCAUCCGGCAGAAGUGCAACCUGACCUGAAUCAGGGGUCCCUGACAGAGUCAAGGACGCCCACAGCAGCUUCAGAAGUCUUUGCUUUAGAAAACCAGCCGCCUAAAGCCGUCAAAGAAUCGGUUGACAAAAUGAAUUCAGGCUACAGCAGCCUGAGCACCAAACUGUCCAUAAAGAACUUGUCUCCCCCUAAGGACGAUGAAUCCAAAUAUUGUUUCCAUAAAUUAUCUCUGAUCACUGAGGCCAAUACAACUGAGGACAGCCAGGAUACAGUAGACUUCAGCAAAUCAAGCACAGUUGUCACUGAAUCAAAUGGAUCAGAUAUCAGCUCAGAUUUCAAAUGGAGGAAUAGAUUUGAGGGCGUUUCUCAGUAUAAACCAUACAAAACGGAGGGCUCCUACUCCAGUACCUCCUCCUCCUCCUUUUCAGAGGAACACAUUACCCUUGGCAACUGGCUGAGUGACAGGACCAAACGUUAUCUGAGCUAUGAGAACGAGCCAGCGGGAGCACCAAGUGAUGAGUGGAGGAGGAGUUUGGUGGAGCAGGAGGAGCCAACUGCACCUGCAGGUGAAAGACAGGGGCAGAGAGAGGGAGAGGGAGAGUCAGAGAGGAUAACGUUGAGCAGGGAAACACAGCUCCCGGUGUCCAGCUUCUCUUCGGCUCAACAAACCAGCCACAACGUCAUCGACGGUGUCACAGAAGGAGACGACAGCGACUCAGAUAGUUUUACUGGGGUGUUCAAGGCCACGCUCGUGGAGCUGGUCUCUGACCCUGCAGCUCCCCCCUGCACUCCCCCUGCCUCCCCCGACGCAGACUCCCCCAGCCAGUUCGACAUGGAUAACCUGGUGGAUACCCUGAAGAGCAUGGGACCUUCCCUAAGGCCAAGGAACAUGGGCCUACGUGGGCCUCCUCCGGUCCUUGUUUCCUCCCUUCCACCUAUUGUCGAGGAUGCUCCCAGCACUGUCAGCCCUGUCAGCCAUGACAUCCCUGACAACCCUGCCUCCCUCACCAGUACCACAAAAAUGAUGAAAGCAACAGGCAACCCUCCCGAGUCCCAGACAGGAUUGUAUACUCUGCCUGCUGACCUGGGACUGAAGAGAAAUUCCCAAAGAGACACUCGUUCACCGCUGGAAAUGAUGAAGCUUAACCAGCAGGACCAGCAGCAGCCUGGAACAAGAGGCCUGAACCUGCCCCUGAGAGCAUCUGCUACCAACAGUUUAGUAAUGAGAAAGUCACCUGACUCUUCUCCUGAGGAAUUAAAAUCCCCAGUGAUGAAUGGAAACGGACUACUUCCUACUUCUCGCCUGGAAAACAGUUUCAUCUUUGGAAGCCACAGGUCAGCAUCCAUAGAUCAGACUUUGGAAAAUGGAAAGGCCCAUCGCCCACUCUUCCACACCAGCUCGCUACCUGAAACAGGGCCUUUAAGCAAUCGCAUGAGUCUGGGGCCGAAGGAGCUUGGUGAACAGGGCACUGGAACAGAACCAGCAGGGUCCCGCUUUGAGCGCAUCUCCUUCCUUUUGAACUCCUCAUCCACCUCAUCAGGCUCCUUGACCGGUGCUGAAGACCCCAACGCUCGUAUGAGUCGGCCUCCACAGCCGGGCAUUGGCUCGCCGCCCUCCAGCAACAGUCCUGUGCGCCUUCUCAGCCCCACCGGCUCAAUUGACCCACAGAGGUUCACCACCACAGACUCACCCUUAUCAAUGUUUGGCCAGACACAGGGGAUUGGGAUGGGAACGGGUGUAGGUACUGGGGCAGUAGGCACUCACAUCCUGCAGAGGAGCUUCAGUGGAGAGGGCAGCGUGGGGAUCCAGCAGACUUCAUUGUUCAACAGUAUUAAUGGAGGGUCCCAGUUCCAGAGCCAAGAACUUGAGUCUGAGAGGAAUUUAGUAUCGAAAUACAGGGCCUUUCCUGAUGCUUAUCUCACUAAAGAGAAGGAGCAUGGGAAGCUCAAUCCUCGUCCUGGAAAGAUGUAUAUCUUUGACCAGCCAGGGAUGUGUGGCCAGAGGAUCGAGGUGCGCAGUGAUGUCAUCGAUGCCACACCCUGGGAGCUUCAGGAGACCAUCUCCAUCAGGGUCAUCAGAGGAGGAUGGGUUCUAUAUGAGAAGCCUAACUUUAAAGGGGAGAAGAUCGCUCUAGAUGAGGGAGACAUAGAGCUCACCUACCCCUUCAACCCUCCAGAGGAGCAGCUGCAGAACGGACAGAAAGAGGGUGAAGAGCAGAACGGAGAACAGAGUGGAGAAACAAGUGAUGUGCAGACAGAGACCAAGCCAGCCAGGAGGUUCAUCAUUGGGUCUGUUCGAAGAGCUGUCAGGGACUACAGCGUCCCAGAAAUCAGUCUUUUCCCAGAGGAGAAUGCUGAGGGGAAGAAGAUCAUCUUCAGAGAUACGUCUGAGGAUGCCAGGAUUUUUGGCUUCCCCAUCAGGGCUAACUCUAUCAUCAUUAAUGCUGGGCUAUGGCUCGUGUACACACAUCCCUUCUUCCAGGGUGUACCACGUGUCCUGGAGGUAGGGGGGUACUCCAACCCUGCGGCCUGGGGAGUGGAACAGCCCUAUGUGGGAUCACUACAUCCACUCAAAGUAGGGGAACCAAGAGUGGAAAAUAUGACUGAACCACAGAUGGUGAUCUACGACAAGCCAUACUUUACCGGGAAAUCGAGGACCAUAACCACAAACAUGAGAGACUUCAUGACCAGAACAGACCGGCAGCAGACGGCCUUUAUGUACACAGUUGGCUCCCUAAAAGUGCUUGGAGGAAUCUGGGUGGGCUACGAGAAGGAGGGCUUCCGAGGCCACCAGUACCUGCUGGAGGAGGGAGAGUACCAUGACUGGAGGGUGUGGGGAGGCUGUGAUGCUGAGCUGCGCUCUGUCCGGGUGAUACGAGCAGACCUGGCAGACCCCUUGAUGGUAAUGUUUGAACAGCCAGAAGAAGACCGGGAAGGUGUGGAGGGGGAGAACACCUUCGAGGUGACGGAGGCCAUUCCUGACGUUGAGCAGUUUGAGUACAAAACCUCCACGCGCUCCAUCCAUGUACUCAGUGGGGCAUGGAUAGUCUACUCCCAUGUGGACUUCUCUGGUAACCAGUACAUCUUAGAGAAAGGUUUCUAUAAUAAUUGUGCUGACUGGGGUUCUCAGGACACGCGCAUCUGCUCAGCGCAGCCCAUCCUACUGGCUCCAAGUGACAGCUCAAGCAUCAGGAAUCAGCUAAUACUGUACACUGAGCCAGAUUUCCAGGGCGAGUGUAACAUCUUCGAUCGCAACCAGGAGGCCAUGGCCGAAAAAUUACUGACAAAGUCCUGUCGAGUGUCAGGGGGAAGCUGGGUGCUCUACGAGAACGAACAGUACUCUGGGAACUUGUAUGUCUUAUCUGAAGGAGACUAUCCCAAUUUAACCAGCAUGGGAUGUCCACCGAACUGUGCCGUCCGUUCUGCCAAGGUCGUGCCAAUGACAUUCUCAGUUCCUUCCAUCUCUCUGUUUGGCCUCGAAUGUCUGGAGGGCAGAGAGAUCACCACAGACACAGAGAUCUUCAGCAUGGUUGAAGAGGGCUUCAACAACCACAUUCUGUCUGUCAGAGUCAACCGUGGCUGUUGGGUGAUAUGUGAACACAGCAACUACAGGGGGCGGCAAUUCCUACUGGAACCAAUAGAAAUCACCAACUGGCCGAAGUUUAGCUCAAUACAGACUAUUGGCUCAAUGUUCCCAGUCAGACAGAAGCGCCGCUAUUUGCGCAUCAAGAACAAAGAGAGGGGUCACUUCUUGUCCGUCCAGGGCGGCGUGGAGGAGAUGAAAUCAGGACGAGUGGUGGUGACACCAGAAGCAGAGCCCAUGAGUGACAUCUGGUUCUAUCAGGACGGAUUCAUCAAAAGCAAGUUGUCCCCGACCAUGAGCCUUCAGGUGAUGGGCAACAUAGAGCCGGCAGCCAAGGUGGUUUUGUGGGCUGAGACCCGGCAGCCUACACAGACCUGGACAGCUCAGAUGAGAGGCCUCAUCACCAGCCUUACUUUCCCUGGCUGUGUCCUGGAUGUCAAAGGUGGUAAAACUUACGACAAGGACCAUGUGGUGAUUAUGCCGGAGGAUGAGCAGAGGCCAAGCCAACAGUGGGAGAUAGAGCUGCUCUAACCUGCUAUACAAAACUCAUAUUUCUCAUGUUCUCUUCUGUUAAGCUUUCCUCAGCAGUGCUUGGAACCAUAUG